CAUUUUUGGACAGGCAGCCAGCUAGUUAGUUUGGGGCAGGGCAGGCUCUGCAAAAUAUAUGCAUGAUUAAUUAAUCCCUGGGAGCUUCCACAUGCUGCAAAUUAAGUAGAGUAGUGUUUUCUUUGGGGUCUUCUUGAGCUGUGCAUCUUUUUAAUUCCGUGGAAAAAGGGUAGAAGGGCACUUUUAGCACUACAUCAAAUUAGGCUUUCAAACUCUGUAGCCAUAUUGUUAUCUCAACUUUACAAGCAUUAUGUCAUGUGUGUAUCGACUUUGGUACAAAUCUUACAAUAAUUUCUUUUAUUUUGCAUUUAAUGCAGGGUUUUAUUACAUCAGUGGGCAAUGUGUUUCAGUUCCGGUUCGUGCUAAAUAUUUGUUGGUGCUUCAGUGAUUUACCUCAGACAACUUUCUUGGACAACUACCAUAUGCUGCUAUAGAAAGGUACUAGCGAUCUAGUCAAACGCAGAUACAUGGAUCUUGAGGUCCUGCAGCGUAUACUUGAUGGAAGAGAGAAGCCAACAAAUCUAUCAUUCACACUUUUGAAGAGUAUCACAGAAAAUUUCUCAGAUGAUCGAGAAAUUGGCCAUGGUGGAUUCGCAACAGUUUAUAAGGGAGUGCUCCCAAAUGGGAAUGUUGCUGUAAAGAGGAUAAGGAACUGCUAUACCAUCAAUGAGACCUUUUUUUAUCGAGAAGUUGACAGCAUGUUGAACAUUGAACAUAAAAAUGUCGUACGGUUUCUUGGCUUUUGUGCUAGCACAGACAAGAUAGCCAUACCAACCGGAGGAUCGAAAGAACAUAUUUACGCCGAGGUACGAGAAAGAUUACUCUGUUUUGAGUAUAUCAGCAAUGGAAGCCUGCAAAAAUAUAUUACUGAUGAAUUAAGGGGACUUGAAUGGAAUACACGUUAUAAAAUAAUUAGAGGCAUCUGCGAAGGUUUGCAUCAUCUGCACAAGGAAAAGCAGAUAUAUCAUAUGGAUCUGAAACCCGACAACAUACUUCUAGACAAUGAUAUGGUGCCGAAAAUCACAGAUUUUGGUUUAUCGAGACUUGAUGAGAAGUCAAAAACCAUGAGUGAAGAACGUCAUGGAUCACUAGGAUACUGUGCUCCAGAAUACCUACAUAAGGGAAAGAUGUCAUUCAAAUCAGACAUGUACAGUUUGGGCAUUAUAAUCAUCGAAUUAGUGACAGGAGAAAAGGAAAUCCGCAGUGAUAAUAACAAUGUACUUAGGAGAUGGAGGCAUAGAUGGAAGAAAACAGGGAAGGAAACACCAUUGGUUUACCAACAAGUUGCAAAAUGCCUUGAAAUUGGGUUAUUCUGCCAGGAAAUCGACCCAUCCAAACGACCUUAUAUAUGGCAUAUCAUACAUGUUAUAAGAGAAAUUGAAGGUGCUAAUGGAAAAAUCAGCAAUGCCUAUGAACAUACAUUUGGACAGAUAGGCCCUUACUCGGAAGAUGAUAUGCUUGGAAUUGAGCCAUUCCAACUACAUAAUCCUUUUGAGCGUAACAAACAGAUGUCGUGCACACUUAAGUUAACCAAUGAGACGGACUCUUACAUUGCCUUCAACGUCGAAAAGACGAGCCCCCUGCCAUACUGCGCACAGCCUCAGAAAGGGAUUAUGCUGCCACAAUCCAACUGUAAUGUUGAAAUAACAAUGCAGCUGCAGGGCAAGGCACCGGGAUAUAUGCAUCGUUCCAAUGAACUUAUUGUGUGGAGCACAAAAGUGAACGAUUGCCUUGCAGUUGAGGAUAUAACUACAAAUAUGUUCAUUAAUGAGGCGGACAACUUGGUUGAUGAGGUAAAUUUGGAUGUGAUUUUUGACACCAGCGAGUCACAAGAAACAAGUGACAAAACCUGUGAGGUGAGCUGUCAGAAUACUAACUUUGCAAAGUUUGCCUAUUCAAUUAGUGGCCAGCCUCCAGCGCAAAUGAUCUUUGGCUGUGGUGAGUGCCAAAUUAAUAGACGUCCAGAUCAAAUUGAUUUUUUGAUUAAUUUAAUACCACAAUAUAAGCAGUAGUCUUAUUCUCUUCUGGACAGUGAUAUGCUAUGAUGAACUAAUGAACUGAUUGUACAUUGGCAUUCCCCCCUCCCCACUUCUUUCUGUUUCCUUAGUGCCAUUAGUUUUCUUUAUCUUCUGGAAAUAUGAGAUGUCCAUCGUGAAACAAUCUGGACUGGUUAUCCACCAGGCUACUUCCUGGUGACAGUUUAGGAGUCGCUAAGAUCCGGUAGCUGCUAUAUUUAGCAGGGUCACAUACUUUGAGAUGCAUCAUUGUUAUUUAGCACUCACAUUUGAGUCAAGAUUAUGGUUUCGGUUGAUGGGGAUACACACCCAUGUGACCACGUAUAUAUU